GGCUGCCCGCAGCAGGGCAGGGGGCGGUGGCAGGGCCAGGGGCAGAUGCUGCCGCAGGGGGGAAACUGAGGCACGGGUUGGGGGGUCGCGGCGGCGGGGCGCGCCGGGGGUCCCUGACGCGCGGUGCCCCGCAGGGUACAUCCCUAGUUACCUGGACAAAGAUGAACAGUGCGUGGUGUGCGGGGAUAAAGCCACCGGCUACCACUACCGCUGCAUCACCUGCGAGGGCUGCAAGGGCUUUUUCCGUCGGACCAUCCAGAAGAACCUGCACCCCACCUACUCCUGCAAGUACGAUGGCUGCUGCGUCAUCGACAAGAUCACCCGCAACCAGUGCCAGCUCUGCCGCUUCAAGAAGUGCAUCUCCGUGGGCAUGGCCAUGGACCUGGUGCUGGAUGACUCGAAGCGGGUAGCGAAGCGGAAGCUGAUCGAGGAGAACCGGGAGCGGCGGCGGAAGGAGGAGAUGAUCAAGUCGCUGCAGCAUCGCCCCAACCCCAGCGCGGAGGAGUGGGAGCUGAUCCACGUGGUGACGGAGGCCCACCGCAGCACCAACGCCCAGGGCAGCCACUGGAAGCAGAAGCGGAAAUUCCUGGUGAGG